AUGGUGACUUGCUACAACUUUGGUGAACCUGGACACAUCAGUACACGGUGUCAGAAGCCGAAGCAAGCUCAAUCCGAAGAGAAAGUGUUUUCUUGGUCAGGGACUCAAACUUCCAGUAAAGACAGGUUGGGCCUUGUUGUGUCCUUCAUGAAUAGAGAAAUGGUUAUCGAUACUCCAGCUAAGAGAUCGAAGACUACUUCUUUGUUUCAUGCUCCUAAUAAUGAAGAGGGAGCUGGUUUCUUAUCCGCUAGACAGAUGAAAGAGCUUUUGUUGGACCUGGAUCAGGUGUUUGUGUUGUUUGCAUAUUUAUCUACUGAAAGUCUAGCUGUAAUUGAUAAAUUUCUGGUAGUGCAUGAUUUUUCAGAUGUGUUUCCAGAUGAUGUUUCAGAUGUGCCGCCAGAGAUGUCAGCAUCAGAAUUAGCAGAGUUGAAAAAGAAAUUAGAGGAGUUUUUAGAAAAGAAAUUAUUAAGACCAAGUGUGUCACCUAGGGGAGCUCCGGCGUUGUUGGUAAAUAAGAAAGAUGGUAGUAUGAGGUGGUGUGUGGAUUAUCGACAACUGAAUAAAGUAACAAUCAAGAAUAAGUAUCUACUUCAAAGAAUAGAUGAUUUGAUGGACCAAUUCGCAGGUGCGCGUGUUUUCACCAAGAUUGACUUAAGGUCAGGUUACCAUCAUAUUCGGGUGAAAGAUGAGGAUAUUUAG